AUGUUCGGCUUCAGAGACUGGAAUAGUCUUGUUUCUUGUGUGGUGACGACAACGCAAGUUUGCAAUGGAAGCACUGCGGUGAGGUCAACAAUCACACUCUCCAAUGCGUUGACGCGACAGGAAGGCUCCCGACUGGAUGUUCCCAAGGACCACUUCAGCCACUCGUCCGACAAAACUUUCUCGAUACCCAUCAUAAGGAUGCUCGCUAAGAAUGCAUCUGCUACCGGAGAUAGACAUAUCUUUCUCAACCCCGGGGGACCCGGAGCCAGUGGAGUGGGCUUUCUUCGUGGAUCUGCGUUUGACCUAAAUAAACUCAUCGGGGAAGGUUUCCACUUACUGAGUUUCGAUCCUCGUGGCGUAUGUGGAUCGAUACCGAAAGCUGUUUGCUAUUCAAGCAACUCCGAACGCGCUGCAGCGUUUGCCAGCAACCUUUGGGACCUUAAGUGUCAAGCCGGUGCGAUGUACACUAGAGCCGAGAAUAAAGCAAAGGCCUGUGAAGACAUGAUGGGCGAGUAUGGAAAAUACAUAAGCACCCCGCAGAUAGCUGCUGAUAUGAAUUCUAUCCUCGACGCGAUAGGGCAGCAGAAGAUGUAUUAUUGGGGACUUAGUUAUGGAACUACACUCGGUCAGACAUAUGCGCAAAUGUUCCCAGAGCGGGUCUCCCGAAUGGUGCUGGACGGCGUGAGCAAUCUGGAUGAAUGGUACAAUUCCUUUUUAAUUGAAGAGUCGUUAAUUGAUACGGACAAGAUCUUUACCGGCUUUAUCGAAGAAUGUUUCAAAGCCGGAGAAGUUUGUCCGUUACGGUCAAUCAAGGGGGAGCAGUUCAAGUUGGCUAGCCGCCUUCAGUCCUAUAUCGAUGGGUUUUUACACGAACUCGAAGAAGAGCCAAUUCCUGUUUACUUGAAUAGCACGAAUUAUGGUGCCAUCACUCGACGAACUCUAGUGACGAACGGGAUAUUCUUUGCCCUUUACAAGCCGACAACUUGGCCAUCCUUUGCCAAGAUUCUGGUUGAAUUACUAAACGGCAAUACGACUCCGGCUUACAAUGCAUAUUCUGAAUCAUGGGUGCUGAAGUAUCUGGUGGAUGAAUCCACUACCUUUAUAGGUUUGAAUGAUAACCGGAAAACCGGCGAGAAUGCCCCUGUUCAUGGUAUUAAGCCAGUCUACCAUCAUAUUAGCUCGAGACCGGAAAUGUCCUAUUUGGUAUUAAGGUAUGAAGGAUCUGAUAUCUACGAUCGAGCCUCGUGGUCGGUUCCGACAACCCAUGAAUUUCAUCCUCGGUACUACCCAGAGUUUCCCCGGACGAGGACAUUCGAGCCGAUACUGAUAUUGUCAACUACUUGGGAUCCUGUAUGUCCAUUGAUAUCUGCAAAGAAAGCUCAGAAUAGCUUCGAAGGCACUCGUCUAGUAGAACAAAUAUCGUGCGGCAUUGAUGCUGAGUAUUUCCCAUCUGCUCGGGGAUCUGCAGUGUCUACAUUGAGUGUCGAAGAGGAGGAUUUGCUCAGUAGUCUUCAUGCGUUGGCAACAAAAGAUGUCUUCCUUGUUAGAAGCCAGGUGUAA